CUCAGCAGAGCAACAUCGGGAAAUCUGGCAGACUGGAAGAGAACAGCUGCCCCCCAGGGCAGCUGCCAAGUGUGAAGCAUGGAGGAAAGUAAGAACGAGAAGGUGAACCAGGCUCAUGUUCUCUUCGACAGAUUUGUCCAGGCUUCGACCUGCAAGGGGACUCUCAAGGCUUUCCAAGAGCUCUGUGACUACCUGGAACUAAAGCCCAAGGACUAUCGUUCUUUCUAUCACAAACUCAAGUCCAAGCUCAAUUACUGGAAAGCUAAAGCCUUGUGGGCCAAAUUGGAUAAAAGAGGCAGCCAUAAGGACUAUAAGAAGGGGAAAGCAUGCGCCAACACGAAGUGUCUGAUAAUUGGGGCUGGACCCUGUGGCCUUCGUACAGCCAUCGACCUGUCGUUCCUGGGAGCCAAGGUGGUGGUCAUCGAAAAGAGGGAUGCCUUUUCCCGCAACAACGUGCUGCAUUUGUGGCCGUUCACCAUACACGACUUGAGGGGUCUCGGCGCCAAAAAAUUUUACGGCAAAUUCUGCGCAGGAUCCAUAGACCAUAUCAGUAUCCGCCAGCUCCAGCUUAUCCUUUUGAAGGUUGCCUUGAUCUUGGGAAUAGAAAUCCAUGUCAAUGUGGAAUUCCAGGGGCUUGUUUACCCUCCGGAGGAUCAGGAGAAUGAAAGAAUAGGUUGGCGUGCAUUGGUCCACCCAAAAACCCAUCCGGUAUCCGAGUAUGAGUUUGAAGUAAUCAUUGGAGGGGAUGGCCGGAGGAACACCUUAGAAGGGUUUCGCCGAAAAGAGUUCCGUGGUAAACUAGCAAUUGCUAUUACAGCAAACUUCAUCAAUCGCAACACCACAGCUGAAGCCAAAGUAGAAGAGAUCAGUGGUGUGGCCUUCAUAUUCAACCAGAAGUUCUUCCAGGAUCUACGAGAAGCCACAGGUAUCGACUUGGAGAAUAUUGUCUACUACAAAGACGAUACACACUACUUUGUCAUGACUGCCAAAAAGCAGAGCUUGCUGGAAAAAGGAGUGAUACGGCAUGAUUAUGCUGACACGGAGUUACUACUCUCAAGGGAGAACGUGGACCAGGAGGCUCUGCUGAACUACGCCAGAGAAGCAGCUGACUUCUCCACUAAUCAGCAGCUGCCGUCGCUGGAUUUUGCCAUCAAUCACUACGGUCAGCCAGACGUGGCCAUGUUCGACUUCACCUGCAUGUACGCGUCCGAGAACGCCGCCUUGGUGCGAGAGCAGAACGGCCACCAGUUGCUCGUGGCACUGGUUGGGGACAGUCUCUUAGAGCCAUUUUGGCCAAUGGGAACUGGAAUAGCCAGGGGAUUUUUGGCUGCAAUGGACUCUGCUUGGAUGGUACGAAGUUGGUCGCUCGGAGCUAGUCCUUUGGAAGUUCUUGCAGAGAGGGAAAGCAUUUAUAGGCUGCUGCCUCAGACCACCCCUGAGAACGUGAGUAAGAACUUCAGCCAUUACAGCAUUGAUCCCGCCACCCGGUAUCCGAAUAUCAACGUCAACUUCCUGCGGCCGCAGCAGGUACGCCACUUGUAUAAUACAGGAGACUUGAAAGACAUUCAUCUGGAAAUAGAGAACUUUGUGAACUCCAGGACACCAAAGUUGACUCGGAAUGAGUCUGUAGCUCGCUCUAGUAAAUUACUCAGUUGGUGCCAGAGGCAGACGGAUGGAUAUGCUGGUGUUAAUGUCACAGAUCUCACGAUGUCGUGGAAAAGCGGCCUAGCCUUGUGUGCCAUUAUCCACAGAUACCGUCCAGACUUAAUAGACUUUGAUUCUUUGGAUGAGUACAACGUGGAGAAGAAUAACCAGUUAGCCUUUGACAUCGCUGAGAAAGAGUUUGGAAUAUCUCCCAUUAUGACUGGAAAGGAAAUGGCAUCUGUGGGAGAGCCAGAUAAACUGUCGAUGGUGAUGUACCUCACACAGUUCUAUGAGAUGUUCAAAGACACCAUCCCCUCUAGCGAUAGUCUGGACCUGAACGCAGAAGAGAAAGCUGCCCUAAUUGCCAGUACCAAAUCACCCAUCUCUUUUCUCAGUAAACUGGGACAAAGCAUCUCUCGGAAACGCACUCCGAAGGACAAAAAAGAAAAGGAACUGGAUGGUGCAGGAAAGAGGAGAAAAACUAGCCAAUCUGAGGAUGAGGACGUCCCGCGAGGCUACAGGGAAGAAAGACCCACGCUGGUGAGCGCCCUGACGGAGAGGAGAAUCGAUGCUGCCAUUGGGAAUCAGAACAAAGUCAAGUCUAUGGCAACGCAGCUGCUGGCCAAGUUUGAGGAGAAUGCACCAGUUCAGUCCUCAAGCUUACGAAGACAGCAACCUGUCCUGCCUUAUCAAGAACGUGUUCACAACCAGCCAUCCAGCAGACGAGAGCAGGGCCGUCUUGCUCCCAUACCCCAGUGGAAACAG